AACAGCUCCGUUUUGUUUUUAAAUAUACUUCUCAAACACGUGUCGCUAAGCUAACUGGUAAGUUAACUCACGUUAACUAACCUAACGUUUCCUGUUGAGGGGUGAAACAACUACUUAAUGCUUACUUUGCUCGUUGACGUCGAUGCGUGUAUCUGCCCAGAAGUCACGAUAAAUAAGAAGCAAUCGAUGCAAAGAGGGUUGUUGUUUGCUGAAGUGACUUUAAACAUGUCAUAGUUUCUCAUCUGGGUUAAAGUUCAUCAACCACCAACUGAAACAAAUGGCGCGCCCUAUUGAGGUGACACAGUGCUGUGUUCAAAAGCAGCUAAAAGGGUUGGAAAUCAUCCUCUCUGCAGAACUGACAGAGUGUACGUUUGUCACGUAAGAGUGCUGCGGUUAAAUCGUGCUUUUUCCUCCACAAUGGGCUGACUGGCAAUUCAUGCAAACACGGAGCAUGGUGUCUGAGCCUGGUAUAUAAUUAUAUUGUUUUAGACAGUGACCCUUUACAGACUGCAAUGUCUAUUUCUGACCUCCUAGUGUGUGGACAUGAGCUGAGAGCACAUACUUUAUUAUUUUUCUUCUCAAGUUGUUUCAUUUUAGGGAUUUUUAGAGGCCUGAAAAAAAAUCCAUAGUGUGUAAUGGAUUUUUUUUCCCCUUCCUUCCUGUAAUCAUCUUAUUGCCCCUUGGAGGGUUUUGACACCUGCUAGGUGAGCUAGGUUCUGCUCUCAUUAAAUGCUUUUUAACCAAUGCAAAUUGAUGUCACUGAUCUGUGUCUACACUAUUUUAGAUAAUGUUUAAAUGUAUAUUCCACUUUUAAGACCCUAGCUCUUCCUGUCUUUGGUUAAUUUACUCUUCACUGUUUUUGUCCACAUUUAAAAUGUCUUUCUUUCUAAAUCCGUCAGAUCAGGGACUGCUACAGUGUCUUGGAUGAGCUGUCGACCUCUUUGACCCACUGGCAAGAAGUGAUCUUUCUUCUGUGUCAACUGCAACACUGCCGUCUAUUGCAAGUGUCUCAAUAGUUUCCUGGAGAUGUACCAGCUUGUCCAUUUAAAAUCAAAGGUCACAUAAUGUUUCAGCUCCAAAGGGAGCGUGGCAGUUUGUCUCUUUCUCUCAAAAGGGGUUGAUGUGUCUCAACAUUGUGAGUAUGUGACAAACAGUCUUGUAACGCAAUAGCAAUUCUUCUAAGCGCUUUUGCUGGAGUCACUUGUCAGCGGGAUGAUUGUUUCCGAAAGUCUCGAACAGCUUAGUUUGUGUUGCGACAGCCGUCCUCAUAAUAUGUGCAAUGUCACUGAGAAUUAUCUCGGGUUCAUCUCUCGCUUGAUAGCAGGGGGAGAAUAGCAUCAGACUUUGCUUUGUAAUAAAGCCAGUGAAGAUGUCAUCAACUGCCGCUUGGAAAAAGAAAUAUGUUGCUCAACCGAGCUGUUGCAACAAAAUGCAAUUUGCAAUCACAGAGAGAGUCUGGAACACCACAGGUCAUGAAACAUAUCAGAGAGCUUUUAUUCACCCUGACAUCUAAAAGAAUCUGUGAAAUGAUGCGACAGUGGUUCUGUAUAAAGGUCACCCAUUGUUUGAACUGCUUGUCUUCAGUGUAGAGUUCUGUAUAUGCGGCUCAUCUCUUCCUUCUGUCAGGUGGGUGUGGAAUCUAAUCUACCUGAGAAUUUACAUCAUGUUGGCAACGCGUUGCAUCUGUGCGGCUGCACUCCACACGCUACUGCCGCAUGGUCCCCCCCCAGCAAUAUGAUCGGAUAGGCCAUGUCCUUUCUUUGAUUCGUCCGCCCUAUACAUCAGGUUAACAACCAGUGUUUGGGUAAAUGCAGAUGGAGUCCACUAAUGUCUCCCUGUGCUGUCUGGUGGCACACAAACAGAUGCCGUCCACAUGGUUGGGAGCACCGGCUAUCAUGUUUUUUUCCUUUGUCGAUUAAUGGCGUGUCAGAAAAUAAUGAAGAGCCACAAUGUGUCUUUUUCUUCAUUUUUUUUUCAGAACCCAAGGCGACGUCUUCAAGUUGUUUGCCAUCAAUCUGAAACCCAAAGAUAUUCGGUUUGCUCCCACAUCAGACGGAGAAGCAGCAAAUGCUCACGAUUUAGAAACUCAAACCAGAGAAUGAUUGCUAGUUUUUAAUCUGAAUAAUUACAGAUUAGGAAAAACAGUUUAUUCAAUCGACUGAUGAUUUAAUUGACGUUUCCACUCUACUUGAGAUGUAUAAACAAGUGGAGAGUUCCUCUGGGAAACUGGGACAUUUUUCUUAUAUUUUCUGUCAUUUAUUUUAAUUGAAUUACUUAAUCCUGAAAAUAAUCUGCAGGAUUCUUAGUUGCAGUCUUAAUUUACAUACAGUAUAACCUAAUACAGGCUUUUAUCCAUACCACCCUCUCCUACAAUUUUUCCCCAUUUUGUGUAAAGUUCAUUAUUUUACCCUUUUCUGACCCAAUUUAGUGUUAGAUUCAGCUUCUAUUUAAAGCAAUAACUCAUUGUAUUAAUGGAAUAGGGUAGCAAUAUUUCACUUGAGUAAUUCUUUCGGCCUAGUUUUCGAUUUAAAGCAAUAUUUUACGAAAGCAGACUUGCAGUAUUGCUCAAUAUUUCACUUAAGGAUGUUCACUUGAUGUAAAUGAUAUCGAGGUCCAUUUUUCCUGCACGCCUUCGUGUGAGCAAUCAAUCUCCAGCGUCAGUGGCCUGCUGUUUCACAGUUAGCCGUUCGUUAUUCAUGGCUUCUCUCUUGACUCUCAUCCAUAGUUUUAAAUCAGACUAACUUCUGGAGCCCCAGAACUCUUUCUCAUAUCAUGAAUAUAAACUCCUUUCAUGUUUGUCACAAUCGUCACCUUGGGAGACAUGUAUUGUUUCAGGAUACACGUACUAAGAGGUUGAAUGUUAAGCUAAAUCAUAAGGAAAAUGCAUGUCUCGUGACUCUGUGAUGCUGCCGUCAAGACUUCCAUGAUUUCAGGUUGAAGUUUUCCUUGACGCACAGAUGAUCACGAAACUGUAGCUUCUUGUUUUACCCCUGAUGGCACUAAAUGGAGAAGUUUAUAACGCACGCAUUCUAAUUCCCCACCUUGAUCUACCAAACAUUGGCCGCAUUAAUCCAUAUUUUCAAAAGCAAACUUCAACAUUUUCCUCAGCCUCUGAUGUUAAGACUUUAAUGUUUCAAGAUGUUGUCUCGCUUUUAAAAAUGCAAACAUAUCGCCAUGAAACUAAACUAAAAAAAUGUGUCAUUAUCCAUUAUUUUUACUUUCAACUUUGACACAGGGUGCUGACUGCAUCAUUGGCACCAUUUUUGUUUUUUUUAAGAGCAGUUUCAUCCGCAUUGCAUCACAAUGUUGACAAAUGAAUUUAACAUGGUUGAGUUGCCUUUCUGCCCACAUUCUUAAACCCUCUGACAGGACAGCGAUUCCAUUUCCUGAAGUCAUAAGACAUAUCUUUCUCUUCAAGAUAGCCACUUAAACAAAGAAUAUCAGCGAUGUGUUUCAUCAUGCAUACCAAGCGCUCUCUGCUUUUCACACUCCAUAUUCCAUGUCACAGAUUGAAUCCAGCAGUCACAAUGGCAGACAGCGGGAAGACUAAUGAGACUGUAGCGGCAGCAACAGGACCAGCUAAUGGAGACCAGCAGAAUGUUGUUUCCCGAGUGAGCCAUCUGCCUCUGGUCAGUUCAGCUUGCGAGGUGGUUUCCAGCGCCUACAGCAGCACCAAAGACAGUGUGCCCUUGCUGAAGGGAGUGAUGGAUGCGGCAGAGAGUGGGGUCCGAACCCUGGGAGCAGCCGCGACCACGGGGUCAAAGCCGCUGUUGGACAUUAUAGAGCCACAGCUUGCUACAGUGAACGAGUACGCCUUGAAAGGACUGGAUAAGAUGGAAGAGAAGCUGCCUAUUCUUCACCAACCAGCAGACAAGCUGGUGUCGGACACAGUGGGUAUGGUGUACCAGUCGGUGGCGGGGGCCAAAGGUGCUGUGAUGGGGGCUGUGAUGGGCGGUGUGGAGCUGACCCGGGCAGCGGUCAGCGGAGGUAUCCUCACCGCCAUGGGCACCAGGGUGGGCCAGAUGGUCAGCAGUGGGAUGGGCCUGGCCCUGAGCCGAUCCGAGGACUGGGUUGACCAUAACCUGCCACUCACUGAGAAGGAGCUGGCUGCUGUGGCUGAACCCGCCAGCAGUGAGGUGACUACCCCAUCGAGCCCCAGCUACUUUGUCCGCUUGGGGAAACUCUCCGCCAAAGUCCAGGAGCGAGCCCUACAGCAGUCCCUGGUCCGCGCUGGCCAUGCCAGGGAUGCCACCUACACGACAGUGGCUCAGAUCACCAGUACUCUGGACCUGCUGGAGAUCGCCCGUACCAGUCUGGGUACCGCCAGUAACCAGAUGGGAGGAGCCCCGGAGCAGCUGCUGCAGCGCUGGACAGAGUGGAAGCAGAAGCAGGCUGGAGCGGGACAGACUGAGUCAGAGCCAGAUGGGACCAGAGAUGAGGCUGAGCAGCUGGAAUGGCGUGUCCUCUCCAUGGUGCACGGUCUGAGUGACCAGCUGAGGUCAGCAUGCUCCAAUGUGGUGUCAAGUGCUCAGGGUCUGCCAGGUGCAGUCCAGGACCAGCUCACCAGCGCAAGACGAUCAGCUGAGGAAUUGCACUCCUCUCUGGGGACCACCAGCACCAUCACGCCCCUCCUUCUGGAGCGGAGCCGCCACCACCUGAAACAAGUUCAACAGUCUCUGGACGGUGUCAUGGAGUAUCUGCUGAACAACACACCACUCAACUGGCUGGUGGGACCUUUUGCUCCUCAGGUCGUUGAGAGGACGGAGGGAGAUGUGGCGAUGGAGCAGAGCGGACCACACAACUAGCCUUGCAAGAAUUCGUUGUUUCUCCACGAGGGUGACAGAAGACUGGUGUAUUACUGUAGAUGGACUGUUUGCAAAAAAAAAAAAAAAAUAUAUUAUAUAUAU